AUGCUUUUAUUACGAAUAUAUCCACCUAUCCUCUCCCGCGGAUCUUUCAUUCAUCUCCGAAGCCAACCAUAUCUAUCAACACAAGACCGAAAAACUUCAACGAUAACCAUAUCAAAGAUGAAUCUGGAUGGAGCUCAGAAGAAGGAUGAAACACCCACUUUUCCAUAUAUUCAAGAAUCUGUCAGGAAUGAUCCUUUCAAGGUUCCUCAAAGGUAUACCAGAAGUGAAGAAGUAAUUCAAAAAUCUCUUUUCAUGCCUCAACUUUCAUCCCAGCUUCCUGUCAUUGAUUUUGCACUACUCUUAGAUCGGAACAAAGAUGAACUAUCCAAACUCGACACAGCAUGUAAGGAGUGGGGAUUCUUUCAGAUAGUGAAUCAUGGCGUAGAGAUAGACCUGAUGCAGAGAAUGAAGGAUGCAGCAUCUGAGUUUUUCGAAUCUCCAAUAGAGAAAAAGAUCAAGUAUGCAAUGCCUCCGGGUGGUUUAGAAGGUUAUGGGCAUGCUCCAGUUGAUUGGUCUGAUCGUGUUAACUUAACCAUUUAUCCAACCCGGUUCAGGCAGCUUCAGUUUUGGCCCGAGGAAUUGAAGGAUAUAAUAGAGGCAUAUUCAAGUGAAAUUAGACUAGUCGGUGAGCAACUUAUCAAAUCUGUGUCAUUGCUUUUGGGGUUGGAGGAACAUGUUCUUCUUGGACUACAUAAAGAAUUAUGUAAAGGUUUACGAGCGAACUAUUACCCUCCUUGUAAAGUACCUGAGAACGUGAUUGGUUUGAGUUCACACUGUGAUAUAAGGACCCUUAUAGUAGGUAUGCAAGAUGAUAAUGCAACGGGAACACAAAUUCGACACAAAGGAGGUUGGAUACCAAUUAAAACAAUACCAGGUGCUUUCCUUAUCAAUGUUGGAGAUGUAAUAGAGAUAUGGAGCAAUGGGAGAUACAAGAGUGUGGAACACAGGGUACUGACGAAUAAGAACAAGAGAAGGAUUACUUUUGUAUCGUUUUUGUAUCCUCGGGAUGAUGCUGAAAUCGGACCAUUUGAGCAUUUGAUAGACGAUCAAAAUCCCAAGAUGUACAAGGAAAUCACGUAUGGAGAGUAUUUCAGACACGUCCGGGAUAAGAAGUUAGCAGGAAAAACACAUGUGAGGGCGACAAAGAUAAAUGAAUUUUGA